AUGGCAUCCUGCCGCAUCCCCGCGCUGCGGCACCUCGUCACCUCCUCGGCGCGCGCCUUCCGCGCAUCGAACCAGCGCCGCUGGGCCCAGGUCCACGACGUGCGCUUCCUCGCAACGACCCAGCAGCCCCGCGCCGUCGUCGAAAAGUACCGCGCGAAGCUCGAGCAGAAGGCCAAGCAGGAGGGCGUCUCCAACAUCGACGAGCUCAAGGCCGCCUACGCCGACAAGAUCCAGGAGCAGAAGAAGCGGGACGCCAUCUCGGUGCCCGGGCUGGACGAGAUCCUCAACGACGAACCCGCGCCCGCGGCGACGGCCGCGACGACACAAAAAGGCGCGCCGCCGCCGCCACCGGUGCCCGGCGCCUCGGGCAACGGCAUCAAGUCCCUCGACGAGAUCCUCGACCUCCCCAAGGCGCGCGAGCUGCCGGACAAGGAGCUGACGGCCAUCUGGCGGCUGCGCCACGCCUCGGACCCGACGUCGCUGUGCGCGGUGAUCCCGUCGUCGACGUUCCGGCAGAUGGAGGCCCUCGCGCGGGAGAACCCGCAGUUCGUGCUGCCGGUGCCGCACGAGUCGCAGGGCGCCGAGAUCCACUUCCUGCAGUGGGUGUUUGACGCGGCGUCCAAGACGGCGACGGUCAUGUUCACGCAGCUGGCCGAGUUCAAGGCGCGCGGGGAGUACGCGCAGCCGCACACGACGGUGACGCACCACACGGACCUCGCGGACGAGAGGGGCCUGGUGCUGAUGCACGGCAAGGUGUCAGAGGACCGCGGGGUCAAGUCGGAGCAUGCGCAGUGGCUUGUGAUGUGCCUGCAGAGGUUUUAUGGAGAGGCGGAGGGGAAGGAGAGGGCGGCGGAGAGGAAGAAGCUGCUGGAGUGGUUUAGGACGGGAGACCCGCGGUUCAGUGUUGAAAAGUUGAUGGAGGAGGCGGAGAGGAUCGGUUGA